AUGGCCAAGGGGCUCCUGGUGACCUAUGUCCUCUGGGCUGUAGGGGGCCCUGCUGGGCUCCACCACUUGUACCUGGGCAGGGACAGCCAUGCCCUGCUCUGGAUGCUUACCCUGGGGGGUGGUGGGCUGGGCUGGCUCUGGGAGUUCUGGAAGCUCCCAAGCUUUGUAGCUCAGGCCAACAGAGCCCAAGGACAGAGGCAGAGUUCAAGAGGCGGGACACCCCCUGUGAGUCCCAUUCGUUUUGCCGCCCAGAUGAUAGUGGGCAUCUAUUUUGGCCUUGUGGCUCUCAUUAGCCUUUCCUUCAUGGCUAGCUUCUAUAUUGUGGGCCUCCCACUGGCAGUUGGCUUAGGAGUCUUGCUGGUGGCUGCUGUUGGCAACCAGACCUCAGACUUUAAGAACACUCUAGGGGCAGCAUUUCUCACUUCCCCUAUCUUCUAUGGCCGCCCCAUAGCUAUUCUGCCCAUCAGCUUGGUGGCCAGCAUCACAGCCCAGAAGCAUCGCCGCUACAAAGCUUCUGUGGUGUCAGAGACACUCAGUGUGCGGCUCUACCGCCUGGGCUUAGCUUACCUGGCGUUCACCGGCCCGCUGGCAUACAGCGCCCUCUGCAACACAGCGGCCACCCUCAGCUAUGUGGCAGAGACCCUGGACUCCUUCUUGAGUUGGUUCAACUUCUUCCCCCUCCUUGGCCGCCUCAUGGAGUCUGUCCUCCUUCUGCCUUACCGUGUCUGGAGGCUGCUGGUGGGGGAUCGUGGCUUCAGCAGCGGCUACUUCCAGGAGUGGGAGAAGCUCUAUGAGUUUGUUCGCAGUUUUCAGGAUGAGAAGCGUCAGUUGGCUUACCAGGUUUUGGGUCUCUUAGAAGGGGCAACAAAUGAAGAAAUACAUCAGAGAUAUCGGGAGCUAGUGAAGAUCUGGCACCCUGACCACAACCCGCACCAGACAGAAGAGGCUCAGAGGCACUUCCUGGAGAUCCAGGCUGCGUAUGAAGCCCUGAGUCCGCCCAGGAAACUCAGGGGAUUCUAG